UGCAAAGAUGUUGGAGGUUAUAACUCACAUCACUGCACUUAAUUAAAGGAAAUCUUUGAAGAGAAAACACACCCAACUGAACAUAGGAAGAACAGUGAUGUCAGGCCUGUGAAGACAUGUCACUCAACUACAUCUUCCUCACAAACACGUGAGUCAUCAGGUGCAUUCUCUGCCACGACUAACGAGAUUGUCCUCAUUAAAUCCUUCAAGUGCUAAUCUGUAUGGGAGAGUUGGGGGAAGUGAAGAGUGGAGCGAGUCUCGAGGAGGAAAAGAGGGAAACAGAAGAAGCACAGGCUGGAAACCCGGCACAGCAAACAGUUAUUUUCUCCUGAGAAGGCCGAGGAGCACAGACACAGCAGCCUGUGAAGAUGGUUUUGUUGUUCCUUUGUGUUUUCGCUAGUUUGCGCUGAAGCUUUAGGAGAUUGUGUGAAGGCAGAGGAGACCAUCUGGUACUUUAUCAGGAUUGCGUAUGGUGAGCUGUUGGCUGCCUGGGUCUCAAUCUGGUUCUGGUCAAUCUGGUCCUUUUCACCUUUUUUCAACUCGAGUUGAAGAAAUAAGGGUGGGGUCCUUCCCCGAGAGCUCAGGUGCAUCAUGGAGUCUGUGCUGAGAAUGAAAAAGUCCCUGCAGAGGCCCAUCAGGAGGCUGACCAGCUGUGUGUCGGGGAUGAAGGAGCGGAGGUUGUGCACCAAACCCAGAAAUAAGAGGGGACGAGGUAGAGGAGGCAGAAGUUUGGGGAAGAAGCCCCAACUCCGAACUACGUAUCCCAAAGACCCGAUAGUCAUCCGCUCGUACCAGGCAGACCUGGAGAAGAAGAGGAAGCAGCGGGAGGCGAUGAACGCUCAGAAGAAUGCGGAGAGAGCAGCUAUGAGAGAUCAUUUCAGGAGAAAAUACCAACUGUCUGAGAGCUCCAAGGACAUGAACCACCUGCGGUUUGUUGGAAGGAAAGUGUCACUCCCUCACGAGCUGUCGAAAAUCAUUCAUCCUGAAACCAAAGCCAAGGACGGAGGCUUCAACCUGCUGAGAGCAUUUCAAGGCCUCAGUUUUGACACGGCGCUGCUCGCGGGGAGGAAAAACAGCAAGACCUCCACUUACACACCUGCAAAUGGGGACUCGUGUAGAGUCAUGUGACUGAUGGGUGAUCACGGCGAGGAUUAAGAUUUUAAUUGAGUCGGUUGUUGAAGGAAACGCACAGGAGAAUAUACUCAGUCAUUGUUGCUGCUCAAAGACUAAAAACUGUGCUUUUACCUGUCAGUUUUAUAUGUAUGCACUCAGUCCAGUCAUGCUGUCAUUAUGAAAACAUGUCUGUCACAUUUUUACUCAGCUUUAGACAAUUAAAUCGGCUAGGAAAUAUAUUCUGCAUAUUAGUACAGAGAGUCUUUGCUUUAAGUCUGUCUAUUUUCAGGUAGUUGUACACAUAUAUAAGUGUGUAUCACCUGUAAGAGAAUUAACCCGAUUUAGAGUCAGAAUAUAGCAAAAUACAAGUUAAAUAAACAGGUAAUAUUAUUAUAAUGUAAACUGUUAAAUGAACACUCAUAAUGCUCUAAUAGUUUUGUUAAACUAUGCUUUAUACUCUUUUAAAAGACAAUACAACAAUGAUACUAUAAUAUAUGUUGUUUAAGUAGUAGUAGUACAUGUAAUUGCUGCUCUUUAAAUAAUAUACUGUAGAUCCAACUGAGUGAUCUACACACAAGGAAGGAACCUCAGGGAAACACGUUCACAUUUCACCACAUUCACACACACACACAAGUAACAUGAAUGUAAUGCUUUUGUAUUUGUGAUUAACUGACAAAAUCAUUAAAAACAGUCUGUUGUGUCUUUGUAAAUACUCUCAGAGUUUGAUGCACAACUUUGCACUUAUAGCGUCUUGUAAUGACCUUGUCUACAUGGAAAUACUUUGUAAAUAAGCUGGUAAAAGACUUAGUUACA